AAAUAUCAUGCUUUGGUAUAAUUCCUCAUUAACUUCUAAACAGGUGAACAAUUAGUAAAAGUACAAUAUGUACAUGUAAUGAUUGAUAAUGUGAAUCUAAAUGAGCACUGUUGGCAAUUGUUGUUCAAAUGUAGGUUAGACAUUUAUAAAAUCCAUCACCUACUUGUACAUAUCAUUUGAGGAUAGGGCUUGUUAUAUUUCAAAGAAACGAUCGACAUACUAAACCUUUACAACAGCUAAUGCAACUAUGGAACUUUUAUUGAGCUGGCUUGUCGUUUUUGUAUCUGUUCAUAGUAUAUGGGCUUCAUUGUGCUAUACUGCUUACAAGGAAAAGGUUGGACGGGUUGUGUUUGGUGAAGCGAGUGGAGAAUCAUCCAACGCACAGUUAGAGGUUGCAUAUACUGUUGUGAAUAGAAUAAGCCAUGCUGGAUUCCCAAAUUCUUUAGAUGGAGUUGUAGACCAAACGUAUAAAUCGGGAGGCAAAACGUAUCAUCAGUAUAAAACAUUAGAUAAUGUUAGUCACGACUUAAGAUGGAAAGGCUCAAAAACACCUGGAGCAAAGGAACAUGCUGCGUAUAUUUCCGCUAUAACUCAAGCCGAGCAUGCGCUUUGUGCGACAAAAUCUGAUCCAAUGAGUUGCGGUCCGGUCAAUUUCUGUAUCACAAAUCCGUGUGCCUCUACUAAUAGUAAUAAUACUUGGUGUGUGAGCGAGAAAAGACAGAUCGGAUCUCAUUGGUUUACCUGCAUCAAGAAAAACAGUGGAAAAUGCAAACUUUAAAAUAUGAAAAUGUUUUAUGGACAGUUUUUGUUUCGAGAUAUAUAAAAAGUAAUUCAAAAUGAUGUAUGAUAAUUAUAUCAUAUAUUAAAAUCAAGCAAUCAUAGA